AUGGCUGCCGCCCGCCGCCGAAAAAUCGGGCACCGUCGUCGCGUCGAGGAUGAAGGCGAAGAUGAGGGUGGCCCGGAACACUUGGAUCUAGAUGAUGAUUCGCUCUCGGACGCUUCGAUUGCGACUGAUGAUCACGAUGCCGACAACGAUAGCGACACAAGCAACGUCGACGAAGUCGUCUCGACAUCGCCCACUGCCACGAAACCGACCGAAACUACCGAAAAAGUCGCGAGCAAGGCCGACAGAUCAUCACGAAAGCUCCCAGUCGUACCGGCAAAAACCAUGUCGGACACCACUGCGAUGAUGCACGGCAUGGCGCUGGACGAUGAAAGCACGGCGCAGGAGUUACACUUUGAUGAAACUCAAGCCGACGUGACACAGCGUAAGGAGCGGCAAGGGGGAAAGCAUGCGGACCUUCCGGGCCCACCGAAAUCACCCGGGGCUCCUGUCGUUGUGAGCUCGACAGCAGCCACAAGACCCCAAAUGCACCCUCCUGGUGAUCCCACCACCACGUUGCCCUGGGCUCACGACAUGCACGAGACAGUCGCCGCGCGGGCCCCCGGCCCAAGUCGUCAACCGCGCCACCUGCCAGAGCCUGAAGGCCCUCCAAACGGCAACGGGUUUAUCCCAACUCGAGAGCCGAACUCUACCCCCAUCAACCGCAUUUUGUCGACAGAGAAGCACAUUGGAAACACCCAGGUCAGAGUCUCCUUGCCUGGGAUGGCGAAGCCUUUGGUCAAGCCUGGACUUGCUGUCAAGCAGUACACCAAGUUGCCGGAUCAUCGCCCGCCUCUGCGACGAGACAAACCAGUUCGCAUCUCCCUCCCAGACCGUCCGCCGCGCUAUAUCUAUCCAGCCAUCGAUAGGUCAUUCAUUUUCAUCCCCAGGGCUAUGCGACCCAACCAGCAACGGGGCAGGGGUAAAGGGCGGUCGGGUGCCAUGGGCUCUGCUGGCGGCUUCUCGAGGAGGACAAGUGUUUUUGGUGGGAGUUACUAUGGCAGCAUGUAUUCCCCCAGCGUAGCUAUGAGCAGGAGGUCGAGCUUCGCUCAGGACCGCGAUGCGAUGUUCUCGCCAGCAGCGUCAAUCACAGGGCCACCUGCGGAAAAUGUCAGGCCUGUCGUUCGCCUUCCGCCACCCACACGAUCCGAGGCUGUGCCCGCCAUGCCUAAUGGCCACGCUCCCUUCCUGCCUAUCAACGGACCACCGCCGCAAUUUCAGGAAAACCGCACGGCGGACGGCGUGCCCAUGCAUCAGCCUCGUCCAAAGAAGAAUAUUUCUGUGGCCGACAUCGAGUCCCCUUCGUUCAACCAGGGCCCGGCAUUCCAGCAAGCCUUCCACCAGCAGAUGCCCUUGCAAAUGGGGAAUGGCCAUCCAAAGGAAAACCACGUCCGACAACACUCCUACUUAUCGCAGCGUUCCUCGGGGACGCCCUUGUCUCAAAUACCCGAACGGGCCAUCCACGCUGCGCCCUUCCAGCCCAACCCUUACGGACAGGCUGUGCCACAGCAGCCCUACUACGGCCAACAGGAGUUCCAGGGUCCAGCACCUCCCACUUAUUCACCUUACUACGGCGGCAGCGCUUACAACGCACCCGACAUGGCCGCUCCUGUUGUUCCUGGAUACGGGGCCCCCUCGCAUCACGGCGCUCCUAGUGGCUAUGCGCCCCCAGCGACCGAUCCUGCGGUAAUGCAAGCAAACGACCCUGCUCAGACAGCGAAUGGUCCACUAGUUGCCCAGGAGGCCAACGGCAUGGUUUACUAUUACAAUACCCCACAACCUGGGUCGAUGAAUCCCUAUCAGCACUACCCGGCGGCCCAGCCAUAUCAGCCCACCGGGAUGGGAAUGGGUGGCAUGGUCACCCCUAGCCCAGAUGGAUACUACUAUCCUCAAGGAGGGCAGAACAUGGUCUAUUACCCCCAAUAG